GGGGUGGGGGUGAGUUCCUCCUCUUCUCCUGUUAUUCUCGAAGCCGGGCUGGACGAGCGUUCAGUGUGUCUCUAUGCAGGCGGCGCUCCUGCUCCCUGUGUAGCCUCGCGUGGGAAAGGUAGGCGAGACGGACUGGGCCCCUUUUCUGCAUAGCGGAUCCGUCUGAUGUCGCUGCUAACCAUGGCCGGUUAUGACUACGUGAGCGCCGAGCAGCUCGCCGGCUUCGAUAAGUACAAGUACAGUGCUGUGGACAACAACCCUCUUUCCCUGUAUGUCAUGCAUCCAUUUUGGAACACUGUAGUUAAGAUUUUUCCUAAGUGGCUGGCCCCAAAUUUGAUAACGUUUUCUGGUUUCUUGCUACUUGUCUUCAACUUCUUUCUCAUGGCAUACUUUGACCCUGAUUUUUAUGCUUCUGCACCAGACCAAAAGCACGUUCCAAACAAAGUAUGGAUCCUAGUGGGUCUCCUCAACUUUGCGGCUUAUACUCUAGAUGGGGUGGAUGGAAAACAAGCACGUCGCACCCAAUCCAGCACCCCACUUGGGGAACUCUUUGACCAUGGCCUGGACAGCUGGGCUUGCAUGUUCUUUGUGGUGACCGUGUACUCUACAUUUGGCCGAGGAUCCAAUGGUGUCAGCGUUUUUAUCCUCUACCUGCUUCUUUGGGUGGUUUUGUUCUCAUUCAUCCUUUCCCAUUGGGAGAAGUAUAAUACAGGGAUUCUCUUCUUACCUUGGGGCUACGAUAUCAGCCAGGUGACCAUUUCAGUAGUAUACAUCGUGACAGCCAUCAUAGGAGUGGAGGCCUGGUACAACCCUUUCCUGUUUCAUUUUUUAUAUAAAGACCUGUUCGUUACAAUGAUUAUUGGUUGUGCGUUUACUGUGACCAUUCCCAUGAGUUUGAGCAAUUACUACAAAGCCUAUGCCAAGGGCACCCUCAAGCACCACUCCUUCUAUGAAGCCAUGCUGCCUUUCUUCUCGCCAGUCCUCCUUUUCAUUUUGUGCACCAUUUGGAUCUUCCAGUCACCAACAGAUAUCCUGGAGGCCCAUCCACGCAUCUUCUAUUUCAUGGUUGGGACAGCCUUCGCAAAUAUCUCUUGUCAAUUGAUUGUCAGUCAGAUGAGCAGCACUCGAUGUCAGCCGUUGAACUGGCUGCUUCUUCCACUUGCGCUUGUUAUCCUUAUAGUGAUGUCAGACGUGCUACCAAAACAGGAAACGAAUCUCCUCUAUUUAAUCACCAUUUUCAUCACGUUGGCACACAUUCAUUAUGGAGUCAAUGUGGUGAGGCAGCUUAGUAAACACUUCAACAUCCAAACCUUUUCUUUACAAAAGCCCAGCUCUGAUUGACUAGGCAUGGAAAAGGUAUCAUCAGAGGAAAACGUCAGCCUGCGGUCUUCAGAGGCACUGUAAAUUUGGUAGCCUGUGUAAAUAUACUUCAACCAUCACCAUGGAACUAGAUUUAACCUGCUUUGGAUGGUUUGGGGGGCAAAGAACAUAUAGGACCCAGAAACCAGAGAGGGCUGUUGUUCAUGUCUCCUCCCUUGCUGCUUCAUGCCACCUUCCAGAAACAUGCAGACAGUAAAGCUACAUGAUCAGGAGAGGACCUCAUGGAAUCUUCAGAGAAAGAUCAUCAGGCACAAAGGCAUGGGUGGUGGCUGUAGAACUGUAAGAUUGCCACAGAACUGUCAUCAUGGCUAUGCUGACUGAGAACGAGGGGCCCAGAAAACUACCCUUGGGAACUGAAGUACAUUAUUACAAACUGUUCCACAUCCUAAAAUCAGAGAUCCAGUUAUACAAGAGGGGGGUUUUUAAUAAAAAAGAAAGAAAGAAAGAAAAGAAACAAUUGAUUUCUUCAAAAGAGCUUGGAGGUCACAACUUCAUUAAGCCAUGACAAGUCAGUUAUGUUUUCCCAAAUGCCCUUUUUUUAAUCUUCUCCCUCCAAAUUGUGGCUCAUGCCUUGCAAAGAGAGAGUUGGGGCCACAGCAAAUGCUGUAAUUUCAAGCAUUGGGGAGGACUGAGUAACAGACAUUCUUUUCUUCAUGUUUAUUAUAGGAUUAAGUUGAGAUUGUGAUAAACAACAUUACCAUCUUAUGGGUUAAAGUAGGCUUGCAUUAAAAUAGUUCAUUAGAUGUGGUGCAUACUCUUUCCAUGUGACACUGCUUUUCUUGGGUACAAUUAAUUGAAAACAAGAAAUGCAAGUGAUCUGAACCCCACGUUCGGUUUUAGAAAUGGUUCGUUUCUGUUUGGGAAUCAGUUGAACAAUUGAGUGAUGGUGAAGACCCAGCACUGAUUUUUCUCUUCUGUUUGUACUUUAUUUGAGGAAGAUAUUUUUGUUUGUUUGUUUGUGUAUGUGUGCUUAAAUGAAGAGUGCAGCCUAAACCCAUUUUUCUUAGAAAGGUUGCACCCGGAAAAAAGUGAGCACAGAAUAUAUUUUUUUUCAUAUGUAAUUAAUUAAUGGCAGAGGCAACUUUAUGAAUGGUUUGAAAAGGAGGUCUACUUGUUUCAUUUUAUUUUUGUGGAUGACACAUUCCAUUCUGUAGAAAACAUUGAGUUGUGAAAUUAUUAUUUAUCUUUUACUUUGUAAACACAAAGCAUUAUGUCGAAAAACAAAAUGUAUGCAGUGUAAAAUCCUAGAAUUAAUUCUUGCUUUCAUUCCUACCCUUUCUUUUCUGUAAAUAGUUUUAUUUUUCUGAUUCUCAAGUCUUACCCCAAAUGCUAUGUCUGGUACGGCGUUGAACGAGGAAAGCCCCUACUCUCAUUAUUAGCAGGAAAAAGAAAUGGGUGGCAAACAAUUCUGAUUUUUGUUUGGUUUACUUAAUAUUCCAUUGCUGUGAAGCAAAACUUGAAAUGGGGGUAGGGAGACUUUAUUCGUAUCAAAGCACUGCACAUGGAGUAAAAUUUGGAUGUGAAGAAGAAUUUAGCUUUCUUGAAUAUUUGAUGUUGCAAUAGUUAGAAUAAAAUAAAUCAGUUGUCAAUCAUAAGUGACAGUAAGAAACAGGACAUGUAGUUAUAGUCUCUUGGAACCAUUUUCUAUUUUUAAGAAGGUGGUCAGUUCAGAGAAGGGAUCUGCCUUUACAGUUAAGUAAUGAAUCAUUGUAGGAACAUUUGGUCUUCGGUCUCUUUCUUUGGGAUAAUAGUGUUUGUCUUGGAAACAAAGAGUUGUCAGAUCAAUGGUAUAGUUUUGCACAGGCUACUGUGGCAUAAGAAUCCUUUAGACAGAAGGUAAUGGCUAUCCACAGAAGCCAAUAUUCUUGGGAAGCAGGGUUCCUUAUAUAUAUGCAGGCUUAAUGUAAGCUAGUAAAUGAUCCCAUUAGAUUCUGCCUAGAAGCAUGCAUAUUAUAUGGGAACAUCUACACUUGUGAUGAUCAAGAAUGGUGCCACUGCAACUUCCGGCUAACAUUUGCUUUUGCAUGAGCUUGCUGGCAUGUUAUGGUAUAUGAGGCAGAUUUGCAUUGCCUGUCUGUCUUUACUGGAAAAAAUGUGAUUCUUCUUUCCUACCUAUCAGGGCUUCUCAAUAAGGAAUUUGGUGCCUUAAAUGACUCUCCUCAAGUUGAGGAAAAAGUCAGCUGUCUUAAAAAAAAGCAUUCUUUAAGUGUUGUCCAAGUUAAAGGAGUAGCACCUUUAAACAGGAAAACAGGUCUGUAGAUUUUUUUUAUUAUUGAUUUAAAACUGAUUUUAAGUUUGGUGAGAGUCAAAUGCACCAUUGAUGGGGUUAAAACACCGUUUGGGUUCAUCUCUAAAAAUAAAGGUACUGAGUAUUGAAGUGGUGGACAUUUUGUCACUUCAAGAGGUGGGUGUAACCACUGGCUUCAAGUUCUCCUUGAACCUAACCUCAUCUUGCUUUCUAGAUUACCUCAGUGAAUGGAAGAUGGCAUAGAAUGUGAUGGGGGCAGUUGUAACUAGUUCUUCAGUAACAUACCAUUUCCCUUGUAUACUUUUUUGCCCUUUCAAAUAACGAUUCCAUUUUAUGUUCCGAAAACAGAUGAUUGUUCUGCCUUGAUUGACUGUUGUCUAGGUAUCUGUGCUUUGGCCUUUGAAGCAAACCUCAGAGAUAAUUCCUGGCCAAAGGAUGAUUCCUGGCCAAAGCAACUCUAGGGCCUGAUGCCACAUUGCUCUUUUUCAGUCCCUCCACAGUCCAGCAAGAUUCAGCUUCUGUUAGCAAAGCUUAAUCCAAAGUGGAUUGUAUAGAGAAGCAGAUAUUGUAAGACAACACUGGGCUGGGCCCAGAAAACAUUUGUAUAGCCCUCAUAUAUUAGAAUACAGCAGUUCAGAACUAGGUAUGAACAGCAAAAAAAACUGGAAUCUAACUAGCUAGAACCCUGAUGAACUGUGGUUGGUGUAAGUCCAAUAAAAAUUAUGCAUUGGGGCUAUGUUCAUUUUGACUUACAGUAGUAAAUCAUUCAAGGGUUUAAAUCUUACAUAGAUUGUUGACUGUUUUCUUCUGUGAUUUCAGGAAAGAGUAUGUUGGCUAAAAAUAUUUCAUGAAGUCUGGCAUCUACCCACAGAUUCAAUGAAGAAUUGAGGCCAGAGUGUUCCCCAUCUCACCCCUCCCAGUGCCAGUUUUGUUUGAAAUGUAAUCCUAAAAUGUAAAGCUUAAUAGUAAUGGUAUUCCAGAUCUCCCCAAUCAAUAUCCAUUGAAUUUGUUUCUCAGUUUAAAAGAGAAAGAGAGAAUAGGUAGGAAUCCAUUCUCCACAUUUAAGUUGACUCUGGAAUAUAAGCAAGAUAAGUGCCCUUUUCAGAGUAGGUUCUGUCUGGAAGCAAGAAUAAACAUAAAUAUUGGACCAAUUAAUUUUCCUUGCUUUUUGAUUAACUCUGUGACCUUGGUGUUUUCAAAAAGCCAUUGGCUGUCAAGUAAAAUAUGAACUCAUUAGUUAUUUGUAACGUACCAUACAUGGGGAGAGGGGCAGAACUUGGAAGAGAGGUAGCUUUACUUUCUCCUGCUUUUUCUCCAGAAGGGGAAAAUAAUAACUGGGUCUCUUGGGAAGAGGGUGUGUGCCUUGGUCUUCAUAGGUGCUGACUGCCAGGAACCGUUUCUUACCCUUCUUGGGCAAGGGUAUUCUUUGACUUGUAUUCUUUGAAGCAGAUUCUGGGCAGCACAAGCUGGGUCAAAGCAAAACUGACUGUACAGAUUACUAUUGUUGUUAGUGGAAAAAAUACUUUCAAUAAGAAACUAUAUAAUGUCAUUGUGGGUUGCCCCACAGUCUGUCACCCUUCAUCGAGAUUCAUGUCUGUUUAAAUGUAUUGUGGGAGGAUGACAGUGGCAAUGGAUUUGAAUUCUGAUCCAUUAAAUGCUAUUAUUACUGAUAAAUAUUUAUUGUAUUUAAAAACUUCCAAAGCCUAUUAUGUCGUAAAAACUUCAAUAAAUUUUUUCCAAGCUUUUUAAUAUCUCA